CAAAUUUAGUACACAAUCAACCAGCGUAAAGUUAACAACACAAAACAACUCUAAACACAAUACGCACGAAGCGCAACGGAGAGGACGCAAAACAGAAACUUCAACAACCUAAAAAUAAUAAAAAAAUAGUGAUACUAGUGCUUUAUCUAUAAUUUUCUUUCAAUAAUAUUUAAAAUAUUAUAAUAAAAACAUUAAAAUGAAAACAAUAAUCUUAGUAUCUCUCUGUUUGUGCCUUUUGGCCUCGGCCAUAACCGCCGAUAAAUCCCACAAACAUCAAGGUAAACUGUUGAAAAGUGGCCACGAAGAACACAAAAAACAUGCCGAUUUACAACCUUUAAACAAAGACGAAGCCGAACUUAAGACUCACACUCCCACAAAUGAACAGGCUGUACCCAAGACAGCCUCUGGUUCUGGCCGCAAACAUCGUAAUAAUCAUCAUGGCAAAAAUAAAAAAGGUUCCAAUACUGAAGCCGCCCAUACUGGACGUUCUCGCAAGACCCAAACAAAACCCAACAAACAUAAUGGCCAAAAAUCCCACAAUAAACAACAUGGUCGUAAACAUGGGCGUGGCAAGCAGGCCCAAUAGUUUAAGUUAUUAUCCUUAAAAA